AUGGAGAAAUCCGAAGUCAAGGUGGAGGCGACGAAUCCUCCUCCUUCCCUCGAAAAUGGCGUUAUUGACGACCAGAACAACACACACCUCGGUCAUGGUGAGGUUGAGGUUAUCAAGAUCCGAGAAGGGAACACGGUGCUGCGAAAACUUCGUGAAGUCGAGCUCUGGCUGGAUCGCAAGCUCAAGAUCGAGGGUAUGGGCGCUGAACGUAUUCCCGAGAGUGAGCGACGUCCUCCUCAUGUGCUGAAUAUGAUGAUCUUUUGGUUCUCCUUGCUCAUGUCGCCCGGCUACAUCAGUCUUGGAAUGCUGGGGCCCGUCUUUGGCUUGUCGGUUAGUAAGUCCAUUGGACUUACGGUCGUUUCAGCCGCCACAGGCUCCAUUGUGCCUGCAUUUACAGCUACUUUAUGUCCCGCCCUGGGACUGCGACAGAUCGCCACUUCCCGCUUUGCAUUCGGUAUUUGGGGAUCCAAGCUCUGCGGCUUCCUCAACAUCGCAGUCAACAUCGGGUUCGGCACCAUCAACUGCAUUGUCGCGGGACAGUUAUUGGCAGCUGUCAGCGACGACUCCAUCAGCGACGUCGCAGGCAUCAUCAUCGUAGUGAUCAUCUCGUAUGUCGUCUCUUUCUUCGGCUUUCGAAUCAUCCACUGGUACGAGUCGGUUGCCUGGGUGUUGAUUUUCAUUCUUCUACUCUGUGAUUACGGCUUGUCGGCCAGAUACUAUGACCCACAUCCAGGUCGGUCCUACGUCUCCGGCCUCGACGAAACCGGCUCAGCUCUGUCGUACUUUGCUAUUAUCUUCGGUGGAUCAGCGGCGUGGUGCUCCAUGUCUGGCGAUUACUACGUCCACUAUCCGACUAAUACCAAUAAGUGGAUGCUGUUCUCUUUGACCUGGACUGGGCUGGCAAUUCCUACAAUCUUCGUGACUGUCCUAGGCAAUCUGCUAGGUGGAGUCGUCAUGAGCAACGAAGACAUGGGAAAUGUGUACGAUACUGGUGGCUUUGGUGCGUUAAUUGUUGCGACCCUACGGCCAUCGGGGUUUGCAAAGUUCGUCGGUGUUAUGUACACAUUAUCAUUCAUUGGAAACGAAGUCGCGAUCCUCUACUCUUCCUCGUUAUCGAUCCAGCUCUGGGGCCGACAUUUCCUCGCAGUUCCUCGUAUCGUCUGGAACACCCUACUUGCGGCAAUCAGUCUUGGGUUGGCGUGGGGCGGUCGACACAUCCUUGAAUCUAUCAUCAGCAACUCGCUCAGCCUUAUUGGAUACUGGACGAUCUGUUUCGGCGUCAUCCUUGCAAUAGAGGUCUUCUACUUCCGCCCGAAGAUUGGCUACGACGUUGAGGGUUGGCAAGACAAGGAUCGUAUGCCCGUGGGCCUGGCAGGAGUUCUUACCCUCUUAGCUGGCAUGGGCAUUGCUUUUGUCGGCAUGGCUCAAACUUGGUACGUUGGUCCUGCCGCCAAACCAAUCGGCACAUAUGGUGGAGAUGUGGGCAACUAUUGCGUGCUCGUGCUUGUGACCAUGCUCUAUCCCGUGCUCCGAUCCAUGGAGUUGAAGAAAUUCGGACGUUGA